CAGGCUUAUAAAAAUUUACAUUUACAUUGGGAGAGUAAAGGACGUCGGAUCACCAUCAUUAUCAUCUCCUUCGUGUUCCUCUUCUGGUUCUUCUUCAUAUAUAUUCUUCAGAUGGGACGUUGGAUUAAACCGGAGGUGUAUCCGCUCAUGGCGGCCAUGACAUUCGUAACCAGCAUGUGUGUCUUUCAGCUCACAAGGAACGCCUUCCUCAACCCCGACGUCAGGGUGAACAAAGACCAUCGGAAAACAGCAGUGCUUGAGAACUACGAGGAAGGAGAGAAAUAUGCGGAACAUGGACUCCGCAAGUUCCUUCGUACGCGUCCACCUGAGAUCAUGCCCACCAUCAACCAUUUCUUCUCUACUGACUCUAAAUAAAUAGAGAGGCUUGCUAGUUGGUGCUGCUUACCUAUUUUUAUUCCUUCUCCAUUCCUCCUCAGUUUGCUUCUUUUUUUUUUUUCUUUCUUUC